AUGUUAGGUUUAUCUGGUCAGGUUAUGAAUUCAUUUAGUAACUGUUUGCGCCUAAACGUAUGCAACCAUUAUACACCUUAUGAUAAGCUGCUAAACCUGGAGCUACCCAACAAAUCGAAUUUAUUCGCCGACCAAACUCCGACCCCGACACGGCUGAUUGGUAAGUGUGAAGAGGUGGGCCUCUUUGAAGACCUUCAGAAUGUGAACCCCUUCGAGGAAACAUUUAGACGGGCCGUCGAGGAGAAGAGUUCCGGUUCGGGUGAGAGUGCUCAGGAAAAAGCUGUUCCGGUGAUCGGACCAAUAGGAACCGGAGAUGAUACCUUGCAUACGCCCCAUGUUUUUCCGCUGCUCGAAAGGCGCGACAGUCGUAAGCUUUCAAAGUUGAUCAUUUCAAGAUCCAGUUCCAGAAAAGAUGAUACACCGGUUUCGGUUAGUCAAUCUGUAUUGGCAUCCGACGCCCGUACUACAUCGAAGAGAAAACAGCAGUUUGUCAAUCCCAUCAGUAAAAAACAACACGUUAACAUUUUACCAAAAGUCACCCCGUCAUCGCAUCCAGUGAUAAUAAUUUCCUGUGAGAGGGAUGAUCGACUGUCGGUGAUCAAAACAACCAGUCCGUUGCAUCCGGUGAAAGCCAAGCUUAAAAAGUAUCUCGCCAGAAACGGGUCCCAGACAGAGCUUCAGCAACAAGCUGUGCAAUUAACAUCAUCCAACACCACCACAAGUACCUUAAGUGCGCCGAAAAAGACAAAAUCUGCUGCAGCAGUCUCGGAAGCAAGUAUACCACGGUCUCACGUUUCAGAGGAAGCUACAAUUCUAAAGCAUGAACGGUGGAAAGCGGCGGCCAAGCGGUAUCGAACCCGUGUGAAGCAGAAUCAGGAUUGUGUCCACCGGAAGAACGUGGAGUUACAACAGGAAAAUCUGCAGCUCAAAACCGAGCUCGCUCAGCUGAAAAGUGCUCUCUCGUUGCAUAAGGACUGUUCCGUGACCAGAGCUCUGGUCGCUGGUACGAACAUAAAUGCGGCUGGUCCGUCCAAACUUAUGUUUAUCCCAGUGGAUAAUGGAAUCCAUCACCGGCCUCAACAGCAACAAUCUGUUGAACCACAGGUUGUUGGUAACACUGUUGCACUCAAUAGUAAUCCAGUUUAUAUUAUAUUAGGUGGAAUCAAUCCACUGCCAGAGGUAGGCAAGAAGGAAUCGAAUUGA